AUGGCAGUUGUUGACAUGGCGUUCAAUUUAUUUCAGAUAAAUGAUGAGUACAUUGAGGCAAUGCAUAAAAAAUGGGCAUUUUUGCUCAUGCUUAGCAAUUCCACACUCAAUUCCUUGGUCUAUUUUUGGCAAAAUAAAGCCCUUCGCGUGCAAGCGAAAGCAUUUAUCAGAAAAUUCGCGAUACAUCUGAAAUGGAAAAACCCGGACCUAAACCUUAACCGCCAUCCUCAAGCUUAUAUCUUACCAUCACCGUUUUCCACUCGUGCUUGUAACACUACCCCUACCCGCGAGAAUAUUUCUAGCAAAAACUCAGGUGACUAA